CAUUAAAAAUUAAACUCUAGAAGUACAAAUAGUAAUUACUAGCGCGUUCCAUUUUCGGCCUGGCCAGCGCAUAAAGUGUAAGGCCAAGCCUAGUAUGGCCUAUCCAAACCAAGCUGUGGCCCUGCUUGAUUGAUCGAGGCGCGAAGCGAAGGGCCGGACAAAUGAAAGUUGAAAGCUUCGUCAACGGUUAACAUGGCAAGCCGGCCGAGAACGGCUUCGCCUGCAACUUAUGCGAGCGCAUUUUGCUUCUUCAGCCACGUCGUUUAGAUCGUGAGGAGGUGCUUGAUACCGCUUUUGCAAUAGAAGUUCAGGAAACGGGAUAGGGCGACAACUCUGGGCCGUGGAUUUGGACACCACCUAUUGGCCGUGAGAUCGAGGAGAGUCGCCGCCUUGCGGCCACUGGCUGAACCAUGCAUAGUGUGGAUUGUUCCUUGUGUUGUCUGAUCUGUGCAGGACAAAAGGCGGCUACCUGUCCAUUGCAGCACACGGGGAAUCCUGCCCACUGAAACUGCAACAGCUGUGCAGAGAGAGGCCACAGGGCAUUUCAAUCGCGGCAUGAACGUUGCAGUUGAGACAUCGAGAACCAUCGAUGGAAACAUGUGCAAGUCAACCCAGACGUUGCCUGUUGCUAAGAGAGUGCACAGGUGGACAGAAACCACGAAUAUUGAUGUUCAGGACGGCAGCCCUCAUGCACAAGAGAUUUCAGAUGCAUGCGUGCUACCACGGAUUUUCAACAUGAACAGAAAUCGCGAACUGACCACAUUACAGAACAGUCAAGUAGAUGUGGACAUAAAGAAGCAACAUGCUCAGUGCAGCGUGCAUGUAACUGUGGCGUCAGUAAAAGCUGUCCAGACAGAGGCCACAUUGCUGUCCAGGAGCAGUGUGGAUACCGCUUUCAGGACAUCUGGAAUUGAUUGCACAGAUGUGUCCAAGCCUUCUCAUGCAUCGCAUGCCGCAGAGGAAGCGCACUUGUGGACAGAAGCCACAGAUCUUCGAAAUUUCCAGGACAGUGACUCUGGUGCACAAGUUUGUCCAGAAAUGAAGCACAAGAAAAUGGAUGUGUUGGCAUUUUACAGAGCGAUGAGUGUAGAGAAGCAUGCCAAGAGAAGAAAGAAACUCGAUGAUAAAAGUGCUGAUGCAGUGCUGCUGAAAAUUGGCAAUGGUGAUAUCUCGGACGUGGACUUUUCAGACGAUGACUUUAACAACUCUGACAUUGAGGAAGUUGACAAUAACAUCAGCAGUGCCAUAACGGCAGAAGCUCUGGUACAACCAGCAAUUUCGAACCCUACAGAUAUGGAACUUGACGAGAGCACACCGUCCACUAAGGUUUCGGUGAAAUGGGUCGAUGGAGAAUUGGCUCCAAGUCACACAGCUUGCAGCUACCAACCGCGGAUUAGCUCACCACCACGAGAACCGCUGGUGUAUUUUAGCCAGUAUUUUUCGGUCGAGAUUUUUGACAGUCUAGCAAAGUUCACCAACCUGUAUGCACUCCAAAGAAAUGGUGAUUUGGUCACAACUAAAGAGGAACUCAAGGUGUUCUUUGGAAUCCUGAUGCUUAUGGGUGUCUUAAGGUUCCCCCGAGUCCGCAUGUACUGGCAGACUUCAACCAGAAUACCGACCAUCGCAGAUGCCAUGAGUGCCAAGCGAUUUUUCAAGAUUAGGGUGGCAAUUCACAUUGCCGAGUCUAAAGCUCCACAAGAUGGCAGCUGCUUGGAUAAAUUCUGGAAAGUCCGCCCCAUGCUUGAAGCAAUACGGCAGCGCUGCUUACAACUUGAGCCGAUUGAGCACAGCAGCAUAGAUGAGCAGCACGUUGCUGUCACCGGCUGUGUGCCGAGAAAACGGUUGGCUAAAGGCAAGCGGCAUCCCAAAGGGUUUAAAAUGUUUGUUCGCUGUAGUGCAGAUGGUCUUGCACAUGAUCUUGAGCUCUACCAAGGCACACGCGCUGGUGUGAGUGCGCAGCACACCGACUUUGGGCACGAAGGCUCGGUUGUGAUGAGACUUGUUGAAGGCUUGCCGAAAGGGAUGAAUAUGAAGUGCUUUAUGGGGAGUUACUUUACCUCGGUGGACCUACUUCUUCAACUUAAAGAAAUCGGUAUCCUUGCCACUGGUGCUAUUAGGCCCGACCGUUUGCCCGGGUGCAUGCUCAAGUCUGAAAAAGAAAUGAAAAGGAAGGGUAGGGGAAGCAUCAACGCCAAAGUUUCCGAAGCCAGAGACAUCACUGCCGUUCGCUGGCAGGACAACAGCGUUGCCAGUGUGGUGUCGACCCACGUAGGAGUCGGGAACCCACGAAAGGUGAAGCGAUGGAGUGAAGCAACAAAAUCGUAUGUUAAGAUAGACUGUCCCGAAGUAAUCGUACAGUACAAUGCUUACGUAGUAGGGGUGGACAAACUCGACUACCUGAUGUCCCUGUAUCCACUACACAUCAGGACGAGGAAAUGGCCAGUGCGAGUAAUGUCGCACUUGGUGUCCUUCGCACUGUGCAACAGCUGGAUCGAAUACGUACGAGACUGCAGUAAAGCGGAGCUACCUCGGAAAAGCAUAAUGGACUUGUUGGCUUUCCAGUCUGACCUAGCGCACAGCCUCAUCACAUGUAACAAGGCAUCACCAAAGGAAUGUGGAAGAUCAAGCAACAAGUCCCCGUUGCCUACUCCAAGAAAAUCACUGCCGCCAAAUAGCGUUCGGUACGACGGCUUUCAUCACUGGCCAGAACAUGUGACAACUUCGUGUUCCCAGCGCUGCAGGAGAGAAGGGUGCACGUCUAAGUGUAGAAUUCGAUGCAGAAAGUGCAGAGUUUUUCUUUGCUUGUCAUCGCAGAAUGACUGUUUCUUUCUUUUUCAUAACACGUGAGGCGGUGUUCUGUUCUGUGCAGUCAAGAACUGUGGGACGCAUAUUUUCACCGUGUUGGAAAAGCAGUUUCAUUGUGAACAGUCAAAGUGCUUUGCCCAUUCGUUGUUAUAUUAUACCUACAGAGGUACAAUGUACAUAUUUGUGAAUGCCUUUAAAAACAUCUUGCAAAAAUGUGAAA